AUGCUUGACACCCCCGCCCAUAUCCACCCUACGAGUGCAGCUGUCGUCGAUCGUAUACAAAAAAAUCAAAAUGUUACACAAAGAAAUACACAAUUAAUGGAGGCAACAGUCACACGAAAAAGUAAUAAAUUCAAAAGCAAUCUAUUUGUUCAUGUUACACAUGCGGCAAGACUCAAAGGCUUAGCACGUGAAAUUCAUGUGAUACAUGAUAGCCACUUCAAGAACACAAUGUAUGGAGACAUUAGAUUGGUUGUCGGUUAUCGAAACAAUCCAAAUAUAGAAUUUGAACUUUCACGUAAACGACUAUCUUCAUCAUUACUGAAAGAUCCAUUAACAAAGACAACACGUUCUGAUCCAACAUUAUUAUUAUUGGAUUAUUUAACAAUAUCGGGCAGCAAGUUUAAAGAAAUUUUAUUAAUAUCAACGUCAAAUAAUAUUAAUACCGAUGCACUUAUUGAAUUAUUGAAUCAGAAAGAAAUAUUCUUAUUUAUUCGUCAACUUACACAACUCGCCAAUAAAUUAAAUUAUUCUAAAUUACAAAAUGAACAAUGGUCUUACUAUUAUAAUCUUGGCAUGAGAGAAGACAUUUGGAACGGACGAGUAUCGAAAAAAAUGGCCGAUGCUAAUUCAAUACGUUACACAUAUGUUUGA